GGUCGAUUGUAUUAGGUUAAACCGAGGAUCGUAUUUUUGUUCCUGUGUCAACGUAAAGAAGAAAAGAGCUGUAGCCACAGAAACCCGGCUAAGUUUCCAAUCGAAGAUAGUUCUUUUCAGACGUUCCCAGAAAAGGCUCAUUCUAUCUGACACCGGCCACACACCCGCCACUCUUGCAGAUCUCCUUUUUGAAGAUGAACUCCAAUGUGGAGAAUUUGCCCCCUCAUGUUCUUCGCUUGGUCUACAAAGAGGUUUCAGCCUUAGCUGCAGACCCGCCUGAGGGCAUCAAGAUUUACCCCAGUGAGGAGGACAUAACUGAACUACACACAGCCAUUGAAGGACCUGAGGGAACUCCGUUUGCUGGUGGCAUUUUCCGAAUGCGUCUGGUCCUCGGGAAGGACUUCCCUGCUGUUCCACCCAAGGGGUAUUUCCUGACCAAGAUUUUUCACCCCAACGUGGGCCACAAGGGAGAGAUCUGUGUCAACGUGCUGAAGAGGGACUGGAAGGCAGAACUCGGCCUCCGACAUGUCUUACUUACAAUCAAGUGUCUUCUCAUACACCCGAAUCCAGAGUCGGCUCUGAACGAAGAGGCUGGGCGUUUGCUGUUAGAGGACUAUGCAGAAUACGAGUCUCGCGCCCGCCUUCUCACGGAGAUCCACGCGAUGGGUGGGCCCGGCGGCACGUCUGGGGCACCUCAGGACCCUAAUGACGGCCCACAGCCGAAGAAGCACGCAGGUGACCCCAUGAAGAGAGCAGGACCCAGUGCUGCGGCUGUGCCGGCCGCUCUGGGUAACGGAGCUAACGGAGCCAGUACCACCAACAGCAACAGCAAUAGCAACAGUAGUAGUACUAAUAAUGUAGCAGGGAAAAAGAAAGCAGAUAAAAAGCGCGCGUUGAGGCGACUUUAAUACAUGUGUGUGUGUGUACGUGUGUGUGUGUGCGUGCGCGAGAAUGUAAAUAUAAAUAUUGAAGUGUGCUGACAAAGUUGUUGUUCCCCUUUUCUGACUCUUUCUACCCCCAGUCCAGGCUGUCCAAUUUGUACUCUUACCACCACCUUUGUUAUGCCACAAUUUUGACUUGUUGGCAUCACAGAUUUGUUAAUUAUUUCCAUACCUGAAGACACUAUGAGAAAUAUUUCUUCUUCCUUAAAAAAGAAAUAAUACAAACUGCGAAAAUCAUGUUAUCAGCUGUAUUUUGUCUUUGCCCUUUUCUGAGUGAAUGACACAUAACAGGUUUCACUGUGCAAAAUACAUGGCCUGUCCAUUACUGAGACAUACAGUAAGUCCUAUUGUCUCAGACUGGACAUCAGGGCUUCUUGGUAAAUGCUACUGUGACGGUACUGUGUACUGCACAGCAUGGCGCUCUCUUUUUUGUUUGGUCAGGUUUCAAAGUCAGGUUUACAAAAUUAGUUUAAAUGAAAUAAUGCAGGAUUGCCCAUUGGAUGAGAAACAUUGUUACCAUUGUGGAGAAAGUAACAUCUUUUUUAAAUAGUAUUUUUCAUAUUGUGAUCUGGAUGAAUUUAAGGUAUGGAAAAAGUUAGCAGUGGGGUAUAGGAAGUCUGUCUUUCUUUUUUUUUAAGAUUGUUUCACUGUCCAGUAUUUUCAAAAGUUUUUAAUUAACAUGUCCAUAUUCAGCUGUCUGUCUCGUGGUUGUGUGUUAAGGCAUAGAUCAGUGGCUAUAAGGGAACAGGGUAGGUUGCAAGACAACUUUUAUAAAAACAAACAAACAAAAAAAAAUCUCAAUCAUCUGUUCUCUGUAUUAAGCAUACUGUGGUGUGACUUGCUUUGACUGCCUCCGUUUCCCUACAAAACAGUAUGUGCUCUCAAAUACCCAGCUCUUGAUCAACAUCAGGAGAAAAAAAAAAUCCACUUUUAUAUAAAAAAAAAAAAAUUGUCUCUCCACCCGUUGUGCUGGCAGGGUUUCUCGGGCAGGUUUUCCCUCUGUUCUCAAUGCAUGCGGGGCCUACAUUUCCCAAGGAAACACUCUGAAAUGCCGCGGAACGCUUCGGGAAGGAAAAGGUGCCCCUGAAACUCCUGUUUUCGUGCAAACUGUUGGUCGGAUAUUUUGUGUCCACUUUAAAUUAUUUAAAUUAAUAAAAACCUUGAAAUACGAGAAGUGAAAUGAAAAA